AAAAAUCUUGAGCAGCAAAAACAUAGAGAUGGAGGAGAAUUAUAGUGUUGCAGAAGAGGGAAGAAACAAUGAAGGAUCAGAAGAAGCAGAUUACAGUAGUGUUGUACCAGGAUUUAGGUUUCAUCCAACUGAUGAAGAGCUUGUGGGAUUUUAUUUACAGAGAAAGGUUCAAGGCAAAUCCAUCACUUUAGACCUCAUCACACAACUUGAUAUCUACAAAUAUGAUCCAUGGGAUCUUCCAAAAAUGAGUAAAGGGGAAAAAGAAUGGUAUUUCUUCUGCAAGAGAGGGAGAAAGUAUCGAAACAGCGCGAGGCCGAAUAGAGUAACAGUGACAGGGUCUGGAUUCUGGAAGGCAACAGGCAUUGAUAAGCCAAUUCAUUCUGCAUCAACCUCCAACACCAAAUGCUGCAUCAUUGGCCUCAAGAAGUCUCUGGUUUAUUAUGGAGGAAGCGCCGGUAAAGGGACUAAAACAGAUUGGAUGAUGCAUGAAUUCAGACUCCCUCCUCCAACUCAUCAUCAAGAAGCUGAAGUUUGGACACUUUGUAGAAUAGUGAGGAGGAAUACACCUCAAAAGAAGCGCAUAGCACAAGAUUGGAAGCACACCAUCAACAACAUUAAAACAAGCAAGGACGAUGCAAAUUCAAGAACAUGCAGCUUUGAAUCAGCAGGCAGCAAUGGGAGAUGCAUCAACAUCAUGAGUUCCACAGGUGAGAAUGAAGUGAUCAAGAACAACUUGCAAGAACUUAGAAGCCAUUACCACAACAUUAAUCCUGUGGAACAGAUUUCAUUAUCUCAAUCUACAGUCACAUCAUCAUCAAGCUCAUAUCUUUGGUCUGAAAAUGGUGAUCAUUAUGAGAUCUUGAGAAAUGGAAACUGGUACGAGCUUGGAUCAAUCAUUAGUGGCCUGGCACUUGAUCGAUCCCUCUAACUUUCAAAUUUGGCAAAAGAUACUUAGACAGAUCUUCAGCAGACAGUUUUGGGUUUUUGAGCUUGCUAAUUCUUGUAUCCUAUGAAUCUUUAGGUGGUAGUAUGUACAUUUGUUUGUAGUCUCCAUGCAGUUGCAAUAAAACCACUUAGUUGGAGCUCAAAAACAAGAUGAGAAGUAGUAGGAAACGGAAAGAUAACUCGAUUGUGAAACUCCCCUAUUGCUUUCGGAAAGAAACGAUAUCAAAUGGUUAUUCUUAA